GCUUAUUGAGAGAGACAUAGAUCACUAAGAAAAACUAAAGCCCUUCUCAUUUUUCAGCAAAAAAUGGCCUCCCAAAUUUUAUCAUCUCUACUAAUUACUCCACAAAAUAAUAAUGCAUCAUCCAUCAAUGGUGACACUCGUCCAUUAGCAAAAUUUCCACCAAGUACAUGGGGAGAUUAUUUUCUUGCUAAAAGUUUUGGGACGACCAUGAAAAGGGAAGAUAGUGUUGAGGAAAAAGUGCAAGAACUGAAAGAGAAAGUGAGAAACUUGUUAAUCACUAGUGUUGAGAAUCCUUCCCAACAACUAAAUUUGAUUGAUUCAAUCCAACGAAUGGGAGUUGCUUAUCAUUUUGAUAUCGAGAUCAAUGAAAUUUUGGAUCAUGGUUAUAAAAAUUACAUUGACACAAAUGAUGAUGACCAAAAUGAUGAAGAUCUUCAUAAUAUCGCUCUCAAGUUUCGUUUGCUAAGACAACAAAGAUAUCCUAUUUCAUGUGAUAUUUUUGACAAGUUUAUAGACGACGAAGGGAAUUUCAAGGAAUCACUUGUCAAAGAUGUACGAGGAAUGCUAAGUUUAUACGAUGCAUCUCAUAUGCAAAUGCAUGGAGAAGACGUGCUCGAACGCGCCCUAGCUUUCACCACCGCAAACUUGAGAGCAAUUAUCAAUAAUAGUAAUGCAAGCCAUGGAGAAGAAGGAAGAUAUGCAUUGAAAUGGCCUCUCUUCAAAGCCAUGCCAAGGCUUGCAGCAAAGAAUUACAUAUCUUUCUAUGAGAAAGAUCCUUUGCAUAACCCUACUUUGCUUUCCUUUGCCAAGCUUGAUUAUAAUUGCUUGCAAAAGCUUUACCAGAAAGAACUACAUGAAAUCUCAAGGUGGUGGAAAGACUUGAAGUUGGUGGAAAAGCUAUGCUUUGCAAGAGAUAGAUGUGUGGAAUGUUAUAUUUGGGCAUUGGGGCUAUGCUUUGAGCCUAAGUAUUCUCUUGCUAGAAAAAUUACAUCCAAAAUUGCCAUGAUUGCUUCAAUUUUGGAUGAUAUAUAUGAUGCUUAUGGUACGUUUCAAGAACUCCAACAAUUCACACAUGCAAUCCAAAGGUGGGAUGUAAAUUGCAUUGAGGGACUUCCAAAAUACAUGAAAGUGUGUUAUAAAGCUCUAAUGGAUAUUUAUAGAGAAAUUGAACAAGACAUUAGCAAGGAUGACAAUGCCUAUGCCAUUCACUAUGCCAAAGAAGCUAUGAAAAUGCAAGCAAACUAUUUCUUUAGUGAAGCUAAAUGGUAUAAUGAUGGACAUACACCAACAAUAGAGGAGUACUUGAGAGUUGCAAGAGUAACUUGUUACUAUUUGCUUUCUCCCAUUUCAUUUCUUGGCAUGGGAAAUGAUGCUUCAAUUGAGGCAUUUGAAUGGAUCAAGGGUGACCCCAAAUCACUUAUUGCCUCGGGAGUCAUUAGUAGAAUCAUGAACGAUAUUACUUCUCACAAGUUCGAGCAAGAGAGAGGUCAUGUUGUUUCUACAGUUGAAUGUUAUAUGACACAAUAUGGCGUAUCAGAAAAAGAGGCUAUUGAAGAAUUAGAGAAACAAGUUAACAAUGGUUGGAAGAAUAUUAUCGAAGAUUAUGUGCAAUCUACCAAUGUCCCCUGUACUAUUUUUAUGCGUAUUGUGAAUCUUGCUCGAGUGUCAAAUCUCUUUUACAAGGAUGAAGAUGGAUACACACAUCCAAAUGGAGAAACCAAACUUCUCAUCACUUCUUUACUUGUUGAUCCAAUUCCAAUCUAAAUCGAGGGGUCUCGAUAUGGAUCGAAUAAUAUGUAAUAAUUUAAAUACUUGGAAUAAAGAAUAAAACAUGGUUAAAGAUACCAGCCAAUAACACGUGUGAUCUAUCAUAGUCAUAUUUGUCCCGGACAUGUAUAUAUAUAUAUUAAUAUUAUUAAAAAUUCAGAUUGGGUUAGGUCAUUCCGAAUUUUAAAAAUUGUAACUCGACCCACCCAACCCGAAAAAAUUAUAAAAAAUUCAAUCCAACUUAACCCAAAAAUAAAACUAACCCAAUC